UGCCAUGGUCUCAGCCCAGCAGUGUUGACAAUAGGGUGAAAAGAAACAGCCCCGAAUCAUAAACGAGCUGAGGAAAACACCAAAAUCCAGGGGUUUGGGGAAGACAAGCAGUUGAAUCAAUAACAGGAAUGUAAUUGCGUUAACCUAAUCGUUUUAUAUAGCCGUAUUUUGUUAUUAAUGGAAGUUUGAGGAUUAUUCCGUUGGAAGGAAAAAGGUACUCGUGGGUUUGGCUGUUUCAGGCCAAGAUUUUCCUGCUGCUCCGCCGCUGCUUGGGAAAGGCUGUUUGCACCGAGCUGGAGGUAGCCUAACAGUUAGCCCGCUAGAUUUCCAAACAUAGGAUAACUCCUCGUCGCCGUCUCCGUUGCGAACCGCAGAGGAUCAAGGUAAAGUACUACGAUUGGAGAGCUAACAGCCACUCGGUCGGCUGCAGCUUGUCGGGCUCGGGUCGGGACUCGGGACGGUGUGUGUUUCCCAGCCCAGUCGGUCUGUCAGUCUGUGAGCGCUAGCUAACGGUAGCAGCAUUAGCACUGCCCCUGUAUUUACAUCUGGGAUGAUGGGUGAUCGCCCAAGUCCGCCCAGCAGGGCUAUGUCCUCGGCAGCCACCACAUCUCCAUCUGUGGACAAAGUGGACGGAUUUUCACGGAAGUCUGUCAGGAAGGCAAAGCAGAAGCGGUCGCAGAGUUCGUCCCAGUUCCGCUCUCAGGGCAAACCCAUAGAGCUCACGCCCUUGCCUCUGCUCAAGGACGUGCCAGCGCCGGAGCAGCCGGAGCUGUUCCUGAAGAAGCUGCAGCAGUGCUGUACUGUCUUUGACUUCAUGGACACGCUGUCGGACCUCAAGAUGAAGGAGUACAAGCGCUCCACGCUCAACGAGCUGGUGGACUAUGUGACCGUCAGCCGGGGCUACCUGACAGAACAGGCCUACCCCGAGGUCGUCAAAAUGGUGUCUCACAACAUAUUCCGGACCCUUCCGCCCAGUGACAGUAAUGAGUUUGACCCCGAGGAGGACGAGCCCACGCUCGAGGCCUCCUGGCCACACUUACAGUUGGUAUACGAGUUCUUCAUCCGGUUCUUGGAGAGUCAGGAAUUCCAGCCCAGCAUUGCCAAAAAGUACAUAGACCAGAAGUUUGUCCUACAGCUCUUGGAGUUGUUUGACAGCGAGGAUCCUCGGGAGAGAGACUACCUGAAGACAGUCUUGCAUAGAAUCUACGGCAAAUUCCUGGGGCUGAGGGCUUUUAUACGAAAACAGAUCAAUAAUAUUUUUCUACGUUUUGUUUAUGAGACGGAGCACUUCAACGGGGUGGCUGAGUUGCUGGAGAUCCUGGGGAGUAUAAUCAAUGGUUUCGCUCUGCCACUGAAAGCAGAGCAUAAACAGUUUCUGGUUAAAGUGUUGAUCCCCCUCCACACUGUCAGGAGUCUGUCCCUCUUCCACGCACAGUUGGCGUAUUGCAUUGUACAGUUCCUAGAGAAAGACCCAACAUUAACAGAACCAGUCAUCAGAGGCUUACUGAAGUUCUGGCCAAAAACCUGCAGUCAAAAAGAGGUGAUGUUUCUAGGGGAGCUGGAGGAGAUCCUGGACGUCAUUGAACCCACACAGUUCGUCAAGAUCCAGGAGCCGCUCUUCAAACAGAUCUCCAGAUGUGUCUCCAGCCCACAUUUCCAGGUUGCAGAGCGAGCCCUGUACUACUGGAACAACGAGUACAUCAUGAGUCUGAUUGAGGAGAACUCCAGCGUCAUCCUGCCCAUCAUGUUCGCCAGCCUCUACAGGAUUUCCAAAGAGCACUGGAAUCCGGCGAUCGUGGCGCUGGUGUACAACGUCCUGAAGGCCUUCAUGGAGAUGAACAGUACUUUAUUCGAUGAACUCACAGCAACUUACAAGUCGGACCGCCAGCGUGAGAAGAAGAAGGAGAAGGAGCGGGAGGAGCUGUGGAAGAAGCUGGAGGACUUGGAGCUGAAGCGGGGCCUUAGGAGCGACGGGAUCAUCCCAACUUAACGAAGACAGCGCCGCGCUCCCCUCUGCCCCUGCCCAUCUCCCUCAUCCCCUCCUCCUCCUCCUCCUCCUCCUCUCCUACUCUGACUCCCCUUCCCCCUCCAUCCUGACCCCAAAUCCCGCCCCCGCCCCCCCCUCCACAUCAGCCAUGUUUGCCCAGAGCUCCGAAAAUCCCUGAUAAAGGCCAUCGUCUCUGGAUCGACACGGAGCGCCCGCUGGUUUCUUAAUUGUUUUUUUUUUUUUUGUUGUUUUUUUUUCUUAUGUUUUUUUUUUUCUCCUGUGUUUAUGCGACUUACUUUACAGUAGAUUCAUCACGUCUGUUUUCAUUAUUUCAACAGCACUGUAAAUAAUUAUUUUUUCUUUUUUUUCCCUUAAACUGAUAUUAUUGCAAACGGAAAAACAAGACAAUAAUAAUAAAAAAAAGAAAGAAAAAAAUAGAAAAUGAGAAAAUGACUUGUGUGGGAGGGGGAUUUAAACAUCAACAAAAAAAAACUUUGGACUGUAGGACAUGAAAUGAACUCUUGGAAAACAGAAAACAACAAAAAAAAAAGAGAAGAUAGAUUGAUUUUAACUCUUCAUCCCAUUCUCCUCCGUCUUCAGUACAGUCCUGUAUGUAACUUUUAUUUUCCUGGUUCUCCUCUUUGCUUUUCCUCCUGUUGCCUCCAUUUUUCUGUUCCCUCCCUCCUUCCUCUCUGAUGGUGCAUCUGUCAUUUCUGCCCCUCUCCCCUGCCCUCCGCCCAAAGGUUCUUAAAGGACCACCCCCCCACCCCCCUCCUCUCUGGCCCUCCUUCCUGUUUUAAACAGGGAAAAAAAAAACUGAACAAAAACACAUUUAAAAACAACAACAGGGACUUUCUCGGUACACAAACACACAUUUUAAAACCAUCUUUCUGAGUGCGUUUACAUGUGUGUUCUUACUGCAGUUCGUGGAGUCCAGUUGGUAGGAGGAGGCAAAAUUAUUGAUUAAUUAUUUCCUCACAUUUGUAAUUUGUGCAUCUGCUCAGUGAACUUUUCUUCCUCUCAGCUGAGUAACUCCUCCCUCAAAUUACAUAAUUAAUUCUAUCACAAUUAAAUCUGACGCAAGAUGAUUGAACAGCUGGAAAAUCGGUUAGAAAUGUAGUUCACUUUUUUGGACUUUCAUCUAAUCUUCGCUUCUCUCGAGUGGAAACCACUUCCAGGCCUCUGAAAAUGAUUCAGAAAAACAAUGUUAGAGGAAACUCUAGACAAACAUCCAUAAAGUCUGUUAAUCUGCCUACAAACCAUAGAAAGAAAACACUGUUCUAACAUAAGAUUCUGCCAGGAAAUCAUCCUGUUUCAAUGUUUUCUCCAGUUUAAAAGUAAAUCCAGGAGAUUGUGUCUGUACAUUAAUUGUUACUGUUCAAACAGGACCUGCAGAGGGAAAUGUGAAACAAAAAUAGGGUAAAAACAAAAGGACUGACUCCAAGGCUACGUUGUACAUCCCUUUCGCUUCAUCCAAGCAUGGCGGUAAAUGUAGUUCCAACUCUCAGAACAUCAUUAUCCCAAAUAACAGCUGGAAUGAAAUCCAUUAAUAUUUGCUCUUUUUUUUUUAACACUAACAGAACUUUUUUUGUUUGUUUGUUUACAGAACUAAACUUCAAAAUGUUUUUUAUAUUUCUGAACUCUCUUCUUUAUCCGUUCAUGUACAUAUAUUUGGCUUCGGACAAAAAACUGCUUGAUUUUUUUUUUUUAUUAAAACAAGAUGCACCAAUGAUUAAUUCAGCGGGCCGUUUGAACAGGCGGCUCUGAGCUGCAUCACCUGGGAUACUUUCCAUCUUGGAAGAGUUGUUGUGUCCUGUUGUGCCGUUGCUCCAGUGAGCUCACAUCCUGCUUAUCUCAAAUCCUGUUUGCCGUUAUUUAUUUUUACCUUUUUGUGACCAGUGCUCCUUCCUCUGGUCUCUGCCCUCGCAGGCGUGAUGCGGCGAUGCAUGUAGACGAUGAAUUAUUCGGAAAUGCAGAAUUGUUGACAUGUAAACGCACUCGCUUCACCUCCACCUCCUCCCUCCUCCUUAAAGAAACGGACUACUUUUCAUCCCUUUAUUAUUUCUCUCCUUCCCUCCAUCUGUUUUUUCUUUCUCUCUCUCUCGCUCUCUCUCUCUCUCUCGCUCUCUGACCCCUCCCCUCCCUCUUUAUCUACCAACCAACCAUACCAGGUCUCCCUGGUAUCAGUCUGGCACUGGUACCCUCCGGCCAUAACGGGGACUUCAAAAUAAAACAAAAAAAAAGUCUUCAGAGGAGCGCCAAAAAUCUUCCUCAUGUUGUGAAAAAGACGAGUGCCCCCACCUCACCCCACCUCACCUGGGGGGGGCGCCGCGUUGACUUCACAGUAUUACAACAACAGUGACAAAAAAAGACAACCCUGUACAUUGUUAUUGAAUGCAGUACACUGAUAAUCUUGUAUCUUGUAGUAAUUUAGCCUAUGUUUUUUGCUUAGGAAACUGUGGAGAGGAGUAUCCAGUAUAUAAAGAGGUAUUAUGGAAGAAGACUUCCUGGUAUUUAUGAUAGUGUUUCCCCCCUUUUAGUCUGUUUUUUUUUUUUUUCUUUUCUGUCUCU